AUGUCUGAAUUUGAUCUUGAGGAGCCCUUGACGUCUAACGUGCGACCACCCACUGAUGCACUCAUCACCAUUCGGAUUGUCAAAUCUUUCCCUUACCGGAAUGUCAAAAAUCACAUCAUUCACUCCAUCAACUUGAAGGAAACAACACCAUCUCAGCUUCUUGAGCAAGUGCAUACUAUCAUCAACACCACUGGCGCUCUAAGACCCUACAGAAACGUGGACUAUGACACUGUGAAAGUCUACACGCAUGCACAUGGCACCAAGUCCAUGAAUUUAGUGAUCAAUUUCGACCAUGAUGAAAGAGACAUUUUGGUAUGCAAAGACGAAGAGCACAGCGUUUCAAAGGAGCAAAGCUUGUGGGAAUUGGGUGUGGAGAAUGAGACCGAGCUUAGUGUAUUCAAUUACAAGGCCUACGAGGACUUCAAGGCAAACCCAGAAGAGAAGUGGUGA